AUGCAUCCCGUCAAGAUCAUGGCCGUCCUCGGCCUGUCCGCCGUCGCCUCCGCCGCGCCCCUCGACACGCCCCUCGAGGCCCGCGACGCCGGAGACAUCCUCGCGGACCUGCAAGCCCAGGCCUUGGAGAACCUGAAGGCCGCCGAGGCCAACGGGACCCUCUCCAAGCGAGGAGGCUGCAACCUGUUCAACGCCCAGGUGCGCAGGGACUGGGCCGCCUUCUCCGCCAAGGAGCGCAAGGAGUACAUCGGCGCCUGCCUGCUCACCUCGCCCUCCAAGUCGGACCCGGCCUUCGCCCCGGGCGCCCGCAACCGGUACGACGACUUCGUCGCCGUCCACAUCAACCAGACGCGCUCCAUCCACGGCACCGGCAACUUCCUGACCUGGCACCGCUACUACACCUGGGCCUACGAGAACGCCCUCAAGACCGAGUGCGGCUACCGCGGCGCCCAGCCCUACUGGAACUGGUUCGCCCACACCGACGACCCGCGCAAGUCCCCCGUCUUCGACGGCAGCGACACCAGUCUGAGCGGCGACGGCGCCUACGUUCCUCACAACGGCAGCGUCAGCGCCUCGCCCUUUGGCGAGAUCUACGUCCCCUCCGGCCACGGCGGCGGGUGCGUCACCAGCGGUCCCCUCGUCAACAUGACCGUCAACCUCGGCCCCGUCUCCCCCGGCAUGCGCGGCCUCGAGGCGAACCCCAACGGCGCCAUGGAGCACAACCCGCGCUGCCUCAGCCGCGACCUGAGCGCCUACGCCGCCUCGACCUGGCUGACCCCGACCAACCUGCUCAACGUCACCGUCGGCCAGGCCUCCAAGAACAUCCAGACCUUCCAGGACGAGCUGCAGGGCCGCUUCAGCCAGGGCUUCCUCGGCAUGCACGCCGCCGGCCACUUCGUCGCCAACGGCGACGCCAGCGACCUCUACUCCUCCCCGACCGACCCCUCCUUCUUCCUCCACCACGCCAUGGUCGACCGCGUCUACUGGCUCUGGCAGGCCCUCCACCUCUGGGAGGCCUUCGACAUCGCCGGCACCAUCACCAUCCUCAACCUGCCCCCGAGCCGCGACGCCACCAAGGAGGACCUCAUCGAGCUGGGCGUCCUCGCCGAGGACCGCACCAUCGGGGAGCUCCUGAACACGAUCGACGGGUCGCCCUUCUGCUACGUCUACCUGUAG